AUGGAGAGCGGAGGGCGGCCCUCGCUGGGCCAGUUCAUCCUCCUGGGCGCCAGCUCUGUCGUCACCGCCGUCCUGUACUCCGUGUACCGGCAGAAGGCCCAGGUCGCCCAAGAGCUCAAGGGAGCGAAAAGAAUCCACUUGGGUGAAGACUUGAAGAGCAUUCUUUCAGAAGCUCCAGGAAAAUGUGUGCCUUAUGCAGUUAUUGAAGGAGCUGUCCGAUCGGUUAAAGAAACGCUUAACAGCCAGUUCGUGGAGAAUUGCAAGGGAGUGAUUCAGCGGCUGACCCUGCAGGAGCACAAGAUGGUGUGGAAUCGAACCACCCACCUCUGGAAUGACUGCUCAAAGAUCAUUCACCAGAGGACCAAUACGGUGCCCUUUGACCUGGUACCCCACGAGGACAGCGUGGACAUGGCCGUGCGAGUGCUGAAGCCCCUGGACUCCCAGGAUCUGGGCCUGGAGACUGUGUACGAGAAGUUCCACCCCUCCAUCCAGUCCUUCACUGAUGUCAUCGGCCACUAUAUCAGCGGCGAGCGGCCCAAAGGCAUCCAGGAGACCGAGGAGAUGCUGAAGGUUGGGGCCACACUCACGGGGGUCGGCGAGCUGGUCCUGGACAACAACUCCGUCCGCCUGCAGCCCCCCAAGCAGGGCAUGCAGUACUAUCUAAGCAGCCAGGACUUUGACAGCCUGCUGCAGAGGCAGGAGUCGAGCGUCAGGCUCUGGAAGGUCCUGACGCUGGUCUUUGGCUUUGCCACAUGCGCGGCCCUCUUCUUUGUCCUCCGAAAGCACUAUCUGCAGCGGCAGGAGCGGCUGCGCCUCAGGCAGAUGGAGAAGGAGUUCCAGGAGCACGAGGCCCAGCUGCUGAGCCGCGCCAAGCCUGAGGACAGGGAGAGUCUGAAGAGCGCCUGCGUCGUGUGUCUGAGCAACUUCAAGUCCUGCGUCUUUCUGGAGUGUGGGCACGUUUGUUCCUGUGCCGAGUGCUACCGCGCCUUGCCGGAGCCCAAGAAGUGCCCCAUCUGCAGACAGGAGAUCACCCGGGUGAUUCCCUUGUUCAACAGCUAA